UCUAGCUUCAUCGACUCUUGUGCGUGAGAGCACGCUGAUGGAUGUGAGAAGUGAAGUAGCCUAGGUUAGAUAACAUCAUGGAAAUACUUUUAUAACACUUGUAGAGAGAUUGUGCACUGGGGAACAAUUCUAAGGACAAUAUCCAUAUAAAUGCAACGUUUUAUUUGGAAAAAAUAACAACAAAUGGUUCUCUAUACCUUCAUGGAUGACGAGGACAUUAGUGAAAACGCUCACCAACACGGAUGGCAGUGUUCUGCAAUGUGCAUGUAUGUUUUUGGACUUUUCAUAAUACCAAGACCUUACGCUCUUCUUCUUCUUCUUCGAGUGUCUUCUGAAAUGCGCUAGAGGAGCUGAAAGGAAGGGGGAAAAGGACAGCACAAUGAGGGGGAAAUACUUUCUGCUCGGUUACUUGUUGGUCAAAGUUAUGGCGCUGGUCUGCAAAGCAGACGGAGAAGCAGGACAACUGGAGGGCUUUGUCAUGAUGACGAUGUCCAACGGAUCCAAGGAGGACGAGGGCGCAGGCUUCUCGGAGCCCCCGCACACGGAGGACAGGUGCCGGGGGUACUAUGAUGUGAUGGGCCAGUGGGACCCGCCGUUCGUUUGCAAAACGGGCGAUUAUCUGUACUGCUGCGGCACCUGUGGCUUUCGGUUCUGUUGCUCCUACAAGACCUCGCGGCUGGAUCAGAGCACCUGUAAAAACUACGACACUCCGGUGUGGAUGAUGACAGGUCAAACCCCGUUUAAGAAAAACGACCUGCGGCACGACCCCACCAAAGAUAAAACGAAUUUAAUCGUGUAUAUAAUCUGUGGAGUAGUCGCUAUCAUGGCACUUGUUGGGAUAUUCACCAAACUCGGCCUGGAAAAGGCGCACCGACCCCAGAGAGAGAAUAUGACUAGGGCUGUCCAGAGCGUGUUACAGGUCGGCUGUCCAGGUGAGCAGUUCCAGGGGGAGGACACCCUUGGCAUGCAUGCACAGCACUAUGACACAAGGGCCAACAACCUCCAGGGAGGUCAGAUGAACAACGUAGGUCCAGGUCCCACCAUGGGCCAGCCACACCCCUACCCUGCUCUGAGCCAGCUGGCCCACGUCUAUGAACAGCAACAACCUGGGAAGGAACUCAACAAGUACGCCUCGCUCAAGCUCGUAGCGGCCAAGGCCAACGGUGACUUCUACAACAAGCGGCGUCUGAUGGUGGAACUGCCAUCCAAAGGCGGCCUCCCCCUCCAACACAUGAACCCCAUGACCAACAACCCUAUUUCCCACAACCCAAUUAAUAACCCCACCAUGACCCACAAUCCAAUGAACAACCCCAUGGCCCACAACAACCCCACGACCCACAACAACCCCAUGGCCCUCAACAACCCUAUGACCCACAACAACCCCAUGUCCCACAAAACCCCUAUGUCUCACAUCAAGCCCAUGACCCACAACAACCCCAUGUCCCAUAACAACCCCAUGGCCCACAACAACCCCAUGGCACACAACAACCCCAUGUCCCACAACAACCCUAUGGCUCACAACAACCCUAUGCCCCACAACAACCCCAUGACCCACAACAACCCCAUGGUCCACAACAACCCCAUGACCCAAAACAACCCCAUGGUCCACAACAACCCCAUGGCCCACAAUCCCAUGAGUCCCAUCAGCCCCCUGGGCUCCCUGGGCCCUGAGCCCGUGGCCACCUACAUCACAGAGAUGCCCAGCAGCUUGCCCAUUCUAUCCAGCUUCCACCAGGGCUCCACCAUGCCAACCGCGCCCAAGAUGAACGCACAGAAGCCCCAAAGACUCAGCAGCAGUGGAUGUGGUGGCGACAUAGUCAGUAAUAAAGGUUCAGGAGCCAUGACCAUGUCCAGCAUGACUAGAACAGGGACUUUCCCAGGGCCUCACCGCCACACCGGGACGGUUCCCGGGCCUCACCACCAACAACAACACCACCACCAACAUCAAGAGCAACAACACCACCCACUGGCCUACAGCUCCAAUACCAUCGCAGCCCCCAGGGGGAUGGGGGGAGGGAUGGGUCUGAAGGGUUGGGAUGGGACUGAGACGGUAGGCAGGAGGAAGGGUUACGGUUCCAAGAGGCCCCAGUGUACGGUGGAGCAGAUCAACAAGCUGCACAGUCAGUCCCGCUCCCAGAGCCACAGCCAGCACUUCCUGCCCACUCAGCCUUACUUUGUGACCAACAGUAAGACGGAGGUAACUGUGUGAGAGAGUGGGAGAGGGGGACGAUGGUUGCCCAAAGCAGAGUCAACUAAUAGGCAAAGAGGGAGAGGACAGAGAUGGUGGUGUGUAAGGCCCUGGUUGUUUUGUGUCUUUCUGGGAGCGGGGGCCAGAACAGUGCGCCCUGGUGGUGUGGCAGUGUGCUUGCGUGUGCCGUCCAGUAUGAGUGGAUCACUGCACAUGUGACUGUCAGUCAAUCCUCCACAGGUCGUCAGUCAGAGGGGAGGGGGGCGGGAUUGUAUAACGAUGACAACGUCCAACAGAAGUAUCAAAAUCAUUGUGUGUGUUAUAAUAUCUCCUGUGUAAUGAUAACGUUAUAGAACAAUUACAUUUACAUUUACGUCAUUUAGCAGACGCUCUUAUCCAGAGAACAAUGACAGUGAAAUGUGAAUACAGCAACAGCAAAAGGAAACAUGAGAUUGCCAUGGAUUGCAUUACCAAAUCUGACAAGCAAUAUGAGAUCUAUGGACACCACAAUGGCUGAGGCUAAAACAUUGAGCAGGGAAACAACAAACUGUGGGGAAAGGAAAAUGCAUUCAUUACUGAGACUCUCUCCUACAAAGCCAUUGAAUCAGCCACAGUUUUAGGGCUAUGGGCUAUGGGCUAUGGCUACGAACAUUAUGGGCUUUGUUCUGUGCUUGUAGCCUUGAAAAGUAUCUUGGUCAUCAACACAGAGAAUGGAGGCCAUUGUCCUGUAUAUUUGAAGUAAAGUACUUGAUCACAGCUGGCCCGAAGGCAAGGAGGCUGAAGCAUCAUCUGGAGGAUAGUACUGUGCUCCUGAAAGACUCAUCAGUCCCAAUGCUGUUCACACAGAGAAUCACAGAGAGUCUGUGAUCCAAUAUUUAAAGAUGUGACUACAGACCAUGGCCAUCUGUAGUGAUACCGGCAACUUUUUAUAUUUCCCGUUUUCUCUCUCUUUUAUUCUCUCUAUCCCGCUGAGAAAAGACAACCUUCAGGUAAAGAAAAUGUGAAGAGAGAUAAAAUGGUUCUGAAUCGUUUCUGUUCUACAGUGUAUGGCGAGGCCCCGAUAAGAACUAUGAAACCCUAUUGAGAGAUAUUCCCCCUGAAAGUGUCAUCCCUCACGUGUAUUAUUGCUACACAGUAUUAUGAUUUAUAUGAUGUACCAACAUUUGUAUUUCUGUUUGUAUUUUUGUAUGACUGUGUCCUCUUGACCUUUGGCCACCUCUUCACUCUGGCGUUUGUGGAAAAUACUGUUACUAGGGCAUCCAAAUAUGAAAUGGUCUAAAAGUAGAAGACAAAACCUCUUCAAGCAAAUUGAACAGUAAAAUCUAUACAAGCUGAAUCUAUAGUCAAAUUUCAGCCUAUAGAAAGCAUACUGCAUCCAUGUACUUUGUAAACAACAUGUGUUUCUUUUCUUUCUCUUCUUUGCUCAUGUAAAGGAUUUCAUGCUGGUUGAUUAGCGAGUACCACUUCCUCCCGAUUCGGCCCAUACCUAGCGCGAACUCUGCCUUGCUAGCACACAUGACCAGCUUCCUGAAGCGUCUUACCAGUUGGCACCACACGAAAAUCUAGCUAUUCGCUGGCCAAAGUGGGGACACUUCAGACUGAGGAGUAAGUUUCACCCAUCCCCAUGUGCUACAUUCACCCCUCAAACUUACUCAACAGCGACCCCAGCUUUGAGCUGAGCGCAACUGUAGAUCCGAGUCACUAGGCACCACUGUAAAGGACGUCACGCUGCUUGCUUAGCGAGUCCCACUUCCUUCUGAUUCAGCCCAUACCUGGCGCGAACUCAGGACCUCUGCCUUGCUAGCACACGUGACCACCCUCCUGAAGCGAUUUACCGGUCGGCGCCACACGAAAAGCUAGCUAUUCGCUGGCACAAGUGGCGACACUUCAGGCUGAGGAGUAAUCUCACACAUUCCCAUGUGCUACACUCUGCUGGUGGUUCCACUGUGUAAGCCAUGAUAAAUAACAUCAAUGUUUUCAGGAUGUGCCUUAUCACAAUACUCAAUUGAAUUAAUCCAGCUAUGUGGAAAUCUGGAAAUAUGAACCCCAUACCGUCAACAUUAAAGUUCACACUGCUCUCAGAGCAGCGGGAAGGCAGAUGGGGAGGCAAGCACGGAGGGAGGCAAACCAGGCAGGCAAAGGAACUCAAACAGAACAUAUUUUGCCUGAGCAGUGCACCGGGAAGGCAGGGAGGGAGGCAGGCAGACAAGCAGGGAGGGAGGCAGGCGGGCAGGCAGGCAGGCAGGCAGGCAGGC